UCCUACCAGCUGUUCAUUGGAAAACGACGCAUUUGCCUUGAUCAUUACAAUUCAGUUAAUCUAACGAGAACCACUAGCUGGAUUUAAACUCAAAACCUCAGAGUUGACAAGCUAUUGAUCACUGAAGAUGAACAACUCAGACCAGACGGCCACUGAGGCCCCACCAGAGUUUGAAAUAGAUCAUGUUUUAUACAUUUAUACAUGUAUGAGGGUCAGGAUGAGAUUUACAGAAUAGAGAAUAUUGGCCAGAAAGUGCAUACUAAAGGACAAACAAAAUAUAUAAAGAACAGAGAAAAAUAGGAACUCAUUAAAUAAAUAAAGAAUAGAGAAAAGUGGUCUAAAAAAUUAAAGAAUAAAGAAAAGAAAACCACCCCAUUCAGACCCUCAUGUAUGAUCUCUUGUUUUUUUCAAGCAAAUUUAAGAAGACUAUGAUAAACAAUGACAGAGCUCGCUAGUUCACCUGUUAAACGUCCACGUGAAAAUAAUAAAUUGAAUGGGAGUACAAUUACUGAAGGAACUAUCAAGAUGUACAAGAGGGAUCCUGCCCACAGAGUGUUUGUAAAUAGAAGUCUGAACAUGGCAAAGAUAAAGAUAUUUGGAUUUGAUAUGGAUUAUACUCUCGCAGUGUACAAAUCACCAGUGUAUGAAGAUAUGGGAUUUGAGAAAUUGAAAGAAAGACUUGUUGCCAUUGGUUAUCCCAAGGAAAUUGAAGAUUUUAAAUAUGAUCCAGCAUUUCCCUGCAGGGGUCUUUGGUUUGACAGGCAGUUUGGAACUUUACUGAAAGUGGAUUGCUAUGGUAAUGUCUUGGUAGCUGUGCAUGGAUUCAGGUUUAUGAAAAGCUAUGAGAUAGGAAAAAUGUAUCCCAACAAAUAUGUACAGUUGGAUGAGAACAGGAUAUAUGUGCUGAAUACACUAUUUAAUAUCCCAGAAACCUACAUGAUAGCCUGCAUGAUUGAUUUCUUCAUAUCAAAGAAAGAUUAUGAACAAUCAGACAUGGGUGUUAGAUGUGGUGACCUGUUUAUGUCCUACAAAUCUAUUUUCCAAGAUAUCAGAAAUUCUGUUGAUUGGGUUCAUUUCCAUGGUGACAUGAAAGAUCAUACCGUACAGAACUUAGAGAAGUUUGUCCACAAAGACAAAAGAUUACCAUUGUUUCUGGAGAGAAUUAGACAGCAUGGACAAAAGACAAUGAUUAUAACAAACAGUGAUUAUAAAUAUACAAAUAAAAUUAUGGAAUAUUUGCUGGAUUUCCCAGAGUUUCAGCAACCAGAACAAGGGACAAAAGGAAGAGAUUGGAUCACAUUCUUUGAUUAUGUUGUGGUAGAUGCAAAGAAACCUAUGUUCUUCAAAGAUGGGACAAUUUUACGUAAAGUAGAUAGGGCAACAGGUUCAUUAAGUCUUGGACACCACAUGGGACCUCUUGAAAAAGGAUGUGUAUAUUCUGGGGGUUCAGUUGAUGUAAUCUCAGAAUUAGUUGGUGCCAAGGGUAAAGAUGUGCUUUAUGUAGGAGACCAUAUAUUUGGUGACAUACUAAAAUCUAAGAAGGAACGAGGAUGGAGGACUUUCCUGGUUGUUCCAGAAAUGGCACAGGAGCUAAAAGUUUGGACUGAACAGAAAUCUUUAUUUGAUCAGAUAGAGAACUUGGAAUGUGAAAUGGCAGAUUCUUUUAGAGAUUUAGACAGUAGUACUAGAGAAAUACCAGAUAUAUCAAAAUACAAAAAGGAAAUGAUGGAAACUGUCCACAAGUUAGAUCUUUCAUAUGGAAUGUUGGGGAGUAUCUUCAGAAGUGGUUCUAGACAGACAUUUUUCUCAGCACAAGUACAGAGAUAUGCAGAUUUAUACACAUCGAAUCUUCUAAGUCUUCUCCAUUAUCCAUUUACAUACAUGUUCAGGGCACCAUCUAUGCUGAUGCCUCACGAGUCAACAGUAGAUCAUGAUCGUCAUUAUGCAGUUGAAGAUGGUGACACAAGCCUUGGUUUAAGACAGCGACCUAAAGAUUUUGACAUUGAAACCCCAACGAAAAUCAUGAGACAGAAUAAUGUUCCACAUCUUCAUGCAAAUAUGCCCUGCAAAGUAACACAUUAUCACGAUGAAGAUGAAGAUUCAGAUGAAGACUCUAGCAGUGCAAUGAGUGAUAAAUCAGGUUAGAUUCAACCAGAAUCGAGCAUUUUAAGCUGUUAUAUGAGUAGUCAGACAUGGGAAGGCGAAAAUGAUCAGUGACUCUUUUGACUCAUUGUAUUGCAAUAUUUGUCUCAAGUAACAAAGAAAGAUAAAGGUUUAUAUUGGUUAGAUUUCAUUUAUAUGGAUAAAUUUGUGUCAAAACAGAAUUCAAAGAUCAGUUUUAGAUUUGGAAUUUUAUAACUUCACUUCUUAAAAUUGUAUUCCAAAAUAUUUUUUUUUUUAACAUAGAUUUGAUAAACAUUGAUGAUUAUUUUAUCUCAUCAUUUGCCACAUUUUGACCAGUUGAUGAGAUUUAUAAUGUAAAUUAGUAUAUUGGAAAUUAAUGAUUUGGAAUUAGACUUGAUGAAAUAUUUAUAAAAGAAAAAGAUACAUCAAUUGUUUAUGCACACGGAAAUCUGUCUAAUAUAUUAAAGAUUCUGGUGACAUAUUAACCAUAUAUAAAUGGAUAACAUGUUAGUUUUUAUACGACCGCGAAAUUUUUUGAGGUCGUAUAUUGGUAUGACGUUGGCGUCGUUGUCGUCGUCCGAAGACACAUUGGUUUUCGCACUCUAACUUUAGUUUAAGUCAAUGGAUCUCUAUGAAAUUUUACCAUGAGGUUCAAUACCACAAAAGGAAGGUUGGGAUUGAUUUUGGGGGUUAUGGUACCAACAGUUAAGGAAUUAGGGGCCAAAAAGGGGCCAAAAAUAAACAUUUUUGUAACUUCCAGACAAAACUUGUGUGUUAGUGUAUGGAUCUCUCUGACAUUGUACCACAAGGUUCAAUAUCACAUAGGGAAUGCUGGGAUUGAUUUUGGGGGUAAUUGCCUCAAAAUUUUAGGAAUUAGGGGCAAAAAAAGGGGCAAAAAACAAGCAUUUUUCUAGUUUCAUGACAAUGACUUGUGUGUAAGUGUAUGGAUCUUUCUGAACUUGUACUACAAGGUUCCAUAUCACAAAGGGAAAGCUGGAAUUGAGUUUGGGGGUAAUUGCAUGAAACGUUAAGGAAUAAGGGGCCAAAAAUAAACAUUUUUCUAGUUUCCAGACAAUAACUUGUGUUCAAGUGUAUGGAUCUCUCUGAAAUUGUCCUGCAAGGUACCAUAUCACAAAGGGAAGGCUGGGAAUGAUUUUGGGGGUCAUUGCCUCAAAAUUUUAGGAAUUAGGGGCCAAAAAGGGGCAAAAAACAAUCAUUUUUCUAGUUUCAGGACAAUAACUUGUGUGUAAGUGUAUGGAUCUUUAUGAAAUUGUACUACAAUGUUCCAUAUCACAAAGGGAAAGCUGGGUUUGAGUUUGGGGGUAAUUGCCGUAAACAUUUAGGAAUUUGGAGCCAAAAAGGGGCCAAAAAACAAGCAUUUUUCUAGUUUCCAGACAAUAACUUGUGUUCAAGUGUAUGGAUCUCUCUGAAAUUGUACUGCAAGGUACCAUACCACAAAGGGAAGGCUGGGAUUGAGUUUGGGGGUAAUGAAUCAUAAGGGGGUUAAAAAAAUUGGGGGGGGGGGAUUUUUUUCCUUUUUUUUUCUUUAAAAUUUUCAGUUUUAAGUUGGUUAUUUCUGAUUUAUAUAUAAAAGCAAAUAAAGUUCUUAGACCACAUUCAUUCUGUGUCAGAAACCUAUGCUGUGUCAAAUAUUUAAUCACAAUCCAAAUUCAGUGCUGUAUCAAGCUUGAAUGUUGUGUCCAUACUUACCCCAACUGUUCAGGGUUCGACCUCUGUGGUCGUAUCAAGCUGCGCCCAGCGGAGCAUUUUAUUGUAGUCUACUAUAAUGUUGAUAUUGACAGGUUUUAGGAAGUGUACAUUUAGUUAACCUUGUGUUGGAUGUGACAGGUUUCAAUGUGGUCAUGCCAUUUAGGAAAUGUAAAUUUAGUUUACACUUUGUUUCAUUUUGAGACAUGACUUUUAGUAAGUGUACACUGCCAUAUAUUAAUUUCGGCAUUGUAUUAUCACAUUAUAAAAUCUAUAAUUAUUUAGAUCUCAUUUUAUCUCAGUAUAUACUUACAAGUUGAGUACCAUGUAUGCCUUUUAUUCUAAAACUAUUUUUUGUGUUAUAUCCUUUAAACGAAUAGCCAAAUUAUUAUUUAUUUUUAUCUUUAUUUAUUUACCUUUUUGUUUGUAUUCCUGAUUUGAUCCCUAUCAAACUGCCUUAACACAGAAGUAUUUAUGCUGUUUAUACUUACUUUCAAGAUCAAUGAAUAAAUUUUGAACUUCUUUUUUUUUCAAACAAAAUAAAAAGGUUUUGAAAAAGUCAAUAUUAUUCUAUACUAAAUAUCUUAUAAGUUAUUUAAAACUAAAUAAAUGAUAUAGUGACAAGACUCUUCAAAAUUAAUAAAAAAAAAAUAACUUGAAAUGUGAUAAGACUUUUUUUCGUAUGCUGAAAUAUGAGAGUAUUUUCAGAGAAAACAAUCUCUCUUUUUAAGGCUUAAAAUAUAAGAAGGUAGCCGAGCAAAGAUUUCUAUUUUUAAUUGACAUCUACAAUUUACAGUGUAGGUUAAAAGUAGAAAAAUCUUUAUACAGUAAAUUCAGAAAUUAUUGUGUGCAUUUAUUAUUGCGAUUUUUCCAGAAUGAACAAAAAUGCGAGUUUAGUUAUUGCGAUUUUAAAGCUUUGUAUAGAUAUACACAACAGAUAUCAGAAUGCGAGUUUUUAUUUUUGUGUUACUCAAGGAGUCGCAUUAUUCGCAUUAAUAAAAACCUUGCAAUAAUUUCUGAAUUUACAGUAGUUUUUUAAUAAUGAAGAGUUUCUUUGGUUAAUAGAAAACACAUCUAUAUUUAGAACUAAACAGAAGUAGAUCUGCCUUUAAAUGGAAACAUCAUUAUUUAGCAAAGAUUAUAUGUAUGUAAGUAGAUAUAGCAAAAAUGUAUUGUAUUACAUCAUUCUAUAUAAUUAUGAUAUUAUCGCAAUUAAGAUAACUUAUGUGCAAUGGAUAUUACCAUAUUGAUUUCACCUGAAUGAGUGUGGUGUAACAAUCAAACAUAUUUACAGAUCAUUCAAGAAAAGAUUUAUAGUAUAAAAAAAUGAUUUCUAACACUCAAAUUAACACAUCACUGUAUAAAUGUAUCACAAAGCAUAGAACAUUAAGUAAUUGGAGUAUUUUAGCUGUAAAAGAAUUGUAGCAUGUAAGAAAGUUGUUUCGUUAUUUAUGAACUUUUCUUAAAAGACUGUCUAACAUUUGCUGUAGCCAUCCUUGGUCAGAAUUUAAUAUGAUUGUGCAUGUGAUGUUCAUGCGGUUCUUUUUUUUUAAUUCUAAAUAUUCAUUUGUUAUAUCUUUCACAUAUUUAUUUGGUAUUACUGUGGAUUCAUUUAUUUUCGUGGAUACCAAAAUUUAUGGUGUUUGAGGAAAACUUCAUUGAAUUUUUAAAUUCUUAGUUUACCUGUACCUACAAAAUCAAAAAAAAUUAAUAUCCCACUAAUUAUAAUGAAUCCACAGAAAUUUGCAUAUUCAGUUAUCUUCAUGCAAUUGUUUUCUGUAUAAGUUAAGUUUGAAAGGGAAGGAUCACUUUUUUAAUGUAAAAAUACAUUGUCUAAUUGAUACAUAUAAUUUGUAGAUUUUUUUCCUUUUGUGUUUUGAUUUAUCAUGAUUCUAGCAGUAUUCAUGUAAUCUCUAAAACUCAAAUAAAUAUUUCAAAAAUAAGUAGAAGAUGGUUGAUAACAUGUUCAUAAAAAAAAUCACAAUCAAUUGAAAGACUUACUACAAUAUAUAAAAUUCCCUGAUAGAUUUUAGCUAAAAUGCCUAAAUACCUAAAACUGUUGUGUAUAAUUUAUUUUUAAGGGUUAUCAUAUGUAUAGUUUUAUUUUUAUUGUUACGUGCUUGUUAUAAAUAUUUGAUUAUAAGCUUAUUAUUAAUUGAUUAGUAUCAUAUUAUGUGUUAUUUUGUUUUAAAAAUAGAUUUUAGUUUUACGCAUAUACAUAUACUUGUAGGUGUCACGUUAUAUUUAUUGUUGUUAUUAUAUAUAAUUAUUUUAUGCUUUGUUAGCAGUGCCCAAGUUUUGUUAAGAAAAUCAAAAAAGAUCUUUGAACUUAAUGUGUAUGCAUGGCUUAUUUAGUUAGAUAGUAUUUAAUAGAUAUAGUUAUUAGUUGUUUAAAAGUUUUCCUUUAUUCAUAUCAAAAUUUCCCCUAAAAUGGUAACAAUGCUUAUAUACUUUGUUUAUUUCAUAUUUUAGACCACUGUCAGUGCCAUAUUUAUAUCUAAAUCAUCAUUGUAUUAUCACUUUCAAAAAGGUAACAACAUUGGUAAAGAAAAUGUAUCCAUAUAAAUAGGGAUAGUUUUUGGUUAUUGGUCAAAUUAUAAGUUUUUAAAAAAUCUAUCGCGUAAAAUUGAUAUUAUGGACAAUCAAGCCAUUAGGAGGGGUGACCUCCUUUGAAAUGAACCUUAUGAAAGGAGAACUAUUGCAUACAAACCUUAAAAAUUUUUUUUGUUAAUAUGACUGAACCAGAAACAAAUAGUUAAUUCCUUGAAAAAUGACGUAAUGUACCUAACCAAUUUUUUCCCUUCAUCUACAGAAUUGAGAUAUAGUUAAAGUUCAAAUUUCAAUGACAUAACUGUUCUUAGUAUCCUAUCAGAUCUAGGGCUUUUCAUCCUCAGCUGUUUUUUUUUUUUUUUUUUUUUUUUUUUAAUAUGCUUCAUCAUUUAAAGACAAGUGCAUUGUUAAAGGGUUUUUUAUACAUACAUAAUUUGUGAAAAUAUUCUGGGUAUUUGUAAUGGAAAUCCUAUUUACUUCUGAAUAUUGCAUUUUCCAAAUAUUUCUUCAGCGAAUAAUAUGUAUUUUAAAUGUAUGACUGAUUAAUUUUCAAUAUUGUAGUAGAAUGUGUAGCUAAAUUUUUGAGUUUAGAAUUAUUUUUACUUGGAAUAUAAACAACUAUUGUGUGUUCAACAGUAGAUGCAUUUAUUAUCAUGAAUUAACCCAUUUCUCUGACGUCAUUCUAUUGUUCUUACAGUGGAUUAUUUUUCAAGAAUCCACUGACCACUUCGUUAACUUAAGAUAACUUAUUUUAUAACUUUAAACUUUUAACUUACGAUUUUUUAUCCUCUCAAAAACGAGUGGCAUAUGAAGGGUUCGAACUCGCGCGUAUUUUCUUCAUAAUCAGUAGAGUCUUCAGUCUAUGCAUGAUACCACUAUACCACGAGUGCUCACAUAAAUCAAUAUUUAAAUAACACUCUUAAAGCGCACAACUGUCAAUACAUGUCAAUCAACUGUAUUUCUAUCUCAGAGAUAAUUCGCUUUUGUUAUCUAAUAAAAUAUAUAUACUAUGUC